GCCUCCUUCCGCUGGCCAUGCAUUCUUCCGGCUCCCGCAGCCCGGGCCCGGCCCCGGCCUGCCCGAGGCAGCCGCGAGGGGACUAGGGCGCCCGCGCGCCCGCUCGCGCCGCGCCUCGGGCCGCCUGGGCCGCCGCAGCCGCGUCCAUGACCGCGACCCCCGGGCCGGGGACUCCCGCCGCCGCCGCCGCCGCCGCCGCCGGCCCUCGGCCCUGUCGCCGCUCGCCGCCCGCGCCCAUUGAGAAAGACAGGACCGACGCCAAUGUGAGAAUGGCCGUGACCGUGGAAGAAGCUCCGUGGCUGGGCUGGAUGGUAGCGAAAGCCCUGAUGAGAUUUGCCUUCAUGGUCGCCAACAACCUGGUUGCUAUCCCAUCCUACAUCUGCUAUGUAAUUAUACUGCAGCCCCUCCGAGUGCUGGACAGUAAGCGCUUCUGGUAUAUCGAGGGACUCAUGUACAAAUGGCUUUUAGGAAUGGUGGCUUCUUGGGGAUGGUAUGCAGGAUACACAGUGAUGGAAUGGGGGGAAGAUAUUAAAGCAGUCUCUAAUGAUGAAGCAGUGAUGUUGGUGAACCACCAGGCAACUGGAGAUGUGUGUACAUUGAUGAUGUGCCUACAGGACAAAGGACCGGUUGUUGCUCAGAUGAUGUGGCUAAUGGAUCAUAUUUUCAAGUAUACAAACUUUGGAAUUGUUUCUCUGAUUCAUGGGGACUUCUUUAUAAGACAGGGAAGAUCCUAUCGUGACCAACAGUUACUGGUUCUCAAGAAGCACCUAGAACAUAAUUAUAGGAGCAGAGAUCGAAAAUGGAUUGUUUUGUUUCCUGAAGGGGGCUUUCUCAGGAAGAGGAGAGAAACAAGCCAGGCAUUUGCCAAGAAAAAUAACUUGCCAUUUCUUACACAUGUCACUUUGCCAAGGUUUGGGGCAACAAAUAUUAUACUGAACUCACUUGUAGCGCGGCAGGAAAAUGGAAGCCCAGCAGGAGGAGACGCUAGAGGGUUAGAGUGCAGACCAAGAGGCCUCCAGUGGGUAAUAGACACAACCAUAGCUUAUCCCAAAGCUGAGCCAAUAGAUAUUCAGACCUGGAUCCUUGGAUACAGGAGACCAACAGUCACCCAUGUUCAUUACAGGAUUUUUCCAAUUAAAGAUGUGCCCUUGGAGACUGAUGACCUCACCAGUUGGCUCUAUCAACGGUUUAUUGAAAAGGAGGACCUCUUGUCACAUUUUUACAAAACAGGGGCCUUUCCUCCUCUCCAGGGCCAGACGGAAGCUGUUUCCAGGGAGAUGACCCUCAGCAACCUGUGGAUAUUCCUCAUUCAGUCCUUCGCAUUUUUGUCAGGCUACGUGUGGUACCACAUCAUUCAGUAUUUUUACCAUUGCCUAUUUUAGGAACUGACUUGGACUUGUCACAUAGGAGUUCAGACUUCAUACAUGUGCAUUAUUUUACAUGUGCAAAUCUAAAUAUACAAAUCAAAAUAUAUAAAAAGCAAAGGAAAUUCAAAUGGAUGGAUUAAUGUUACCCCCUUUGGGGUAUUUUAAAACUCUGCAAUGAGGAUCAGUAAUACAAUGAUGUGCUACUAUAUUUUAAGAACUUUUCGUGUUUUAAAGAGAUACACUCUACCUUAUGUUUAUGCAAGCAUCACACUGGGAGAAGAGGAAAUCAUAAAAUCAUCCUAGAAGACUCCAAAAGAAACUGUUGCCACCAGAUGCCCUUGGUCAUGCCCCUGUUCAGAAGCUGUGCUCCUCUUUAGUAGGGCAGAGCUUCACAACGUUAAUGUGUCUACCCAUCAUGAUGAGGUACUGGUAGCCUGGAGAGCUGGUGGGCAAGUCCUGAGGACUGGUCUCCUUAUCUAGCAAGCUGCAGUCCUCAACCCUGGCUGAGGUACAGUGUUGGCAUUCUGUGGGGAGCAGUGUCCACUGUGCACCUGAUCACUGUGUCCCCAGAAAGGCUAGCUCAGCCCAGCACCGUGUUUACAUGUGCUAGUGUUUCCCUUCUGUCGGGAGAAGGGAGCACCCACUUUCUCUUUUUGUAUAGAAGGCACAUCAUAGAAUGAAUAUUGUAUUUUAGAAAAUGCACUUUUUUCAGAUGCAAAUAUAGCGAAGGAUAGGAACACAGCCUGACAAAGGGAAGCCUCACCUGUGAGCAGGCUCCCAGGAGGCUUUCUUGUCUGUGUGCUUGCCCAUGAUACGCUCCAGCACCAUCUUCAUUGGUCACCUCCCAGACCCCAUUCCCCUAUUGGUAGCUGGAUUCUCUCCACCCCCAAUUUUGACAUAGUAGCACCAAAUGUAUUUGGGGGCAGUUAAAGCAAAUUAACGUAAAACAUUUAAAUGACCAGUUUAAAGGAAAUAGACUAGCUUGUUAGGAAAUAAAAGGUAGAACCAGACAGUGGCUUGCAGUGUUGACACGGCCUCCUGUGAUCCCAGAGUCUGUGCAAACAUCAGUGUGUUCCAUCAUUAGCGUUAAGCAGCUGCCCUCUCAGGGCGGCAGAACCAGGACACGGCAGCUCAGUGCACUUCCCAGUCUCUUCCAGCUGUCCUUGAGGAGGGCAGAGUCAAGACAAAGUUUUCAAUUUGUCAUUGUGUUCAUGUGAUUUACCUCAUAGGAGAACUGAACUUUGCCAGAAGUGCAGGCACUGCGUCGUACUGAGACAGAGGGUUUGUUUAGGGUGAUGAAGUUCCUAAGCCUGAAAGUCAGCAGUAUUCUUCUGUGGCAUGAACACUGUAGAGUCCCCCAUUGUGACUAACAACACAAGUAACAAUUCUGAGAAAUAGGCUGUAAAA